CAGCAACGUGAUUGCAGACGGCCAUGAUGCUUUCUGUGUAUCCCUCAGGUCAGCUGUGUCCGGCUGAGACCAUAUAAAAGAAUUACUUGCUGUUCGUAUGAGAACUGUUACAUCAAGAAAUAAGACAGGGACUGAGCCCACUGAAAACCUAAUGAAUGUUAUCAGACAUUGGAUAUCUCCUAGCAACCAUUGCAAGUUCAUUGUGAAUUUCUAAAAACUGUAUAGAGUAGAAAAUAACAAUGACUAACUCUGUGUGUAACGAAUGGUUCAGUACUGGGGCAAAUCUCCUAAUCAUGCAUACAGGAGAGAAGCCAUUUACAUGUUUGAGUGUGGGAAAGGUUUUGCACGGAAGUAUAAUCUCUUAGCUCACCAAAGGACUCAUACAGGAGAGAGACCUUUCACCUGUACAGAGUGUGAGAAAAGUUUUACAAAGAAGAAGAAUCUGGUCUCUCACCAAAUGAUUCACACGGGAGUUAAACCUCAUUCAUGUAUGGAGUGUGGUAAAAGUUUCACAAAAAAGAUAUUUCUUCGAUACCACCUUAGGACUCACACUGGGGAAAAACCAUUCACGUGUACCGAAUGUGGGAAAAGUUUCUCACAAAAAAUCACUCUCUUUAACCACCAAAGAUCACAUACUGGGGAAAAACAGUUCACGUGCAAGGAGUGUGGGAACCAUUUUACAAGAAAAGCAAAUCUUGUAGCUCACCAAAUGACUCACACAGGGGAAAAACCAUAUACAUGUACAGAGUGCAGGAAAAGCUUUGCCAAAAAGGGGACUCUCUUAUGUCAUCAAAGAAUUCACACAGGGGAGAAACCCUAUACAUGCACUGAAUGUGGCAGCAACUUUACAGAACUAGGACACCUCAAAUAUCAUGAAAGGAUUCACACAGGAGAGAGACCUUACAAAUGUGAGUUAUGUGAGAAAAGCUUCAUUAGUUAUGCCUCCCUCCAAUCAUUGAGAUGGUUCACUCUGGUGAAAAACCAUUUGUGUGUUUGGAUUGUGGUAAAAGUUAUAAACUAAAAGGGCAUCUUGAGUCUCAUCAAAGGAUUCACACUGGUGUGAAGCCGUACACGUGUACAGAGUGUGGCAAAUGCUUUAAAUGGAGGGGAAAUCUUCAGUCUCAUCAAAGGGUUCAUAUUGGAAAGAAACGAUGAUUAUAUAUGGCAUCUCCUGGUCUCCUCCAGCUGCUGGACCAGUUACAGGAACAUUUAAAUGCACUUUUCUAAUGUUCUACCUAUCUGCUCUUUCACAUGUGAUUAAAUUAAUGUCUAAGAUCUUCUUUUUUAGACUGCACGUUUGUACAUAAAUGUGGUCAGAAUAAAUUUGAAGCUAGUUGCAGAAUUUGCUCUAAAUAUUAUGUAUUUUUUUUCUCUUUUGUAGUUAGACAUUUCUGUUUGUUGCAUCAAAAAGAGGGAAGAGGGAGUGUAAGUUGUGUGUUCUUUUUUUUUUUUCAUGAAAUACAUCUUUUUCUGUGCUGAAA